AUGUCCAUAAUGAAGCAGAGGUUACCACUGGGAGAGUUUUCUAGCUCGAAGAUCAACAAGUUGGCAAUUGCCAACAUCGCAGAUGCCAGCGAGGCUAGGGGUCGUGGGGAGAACAGCGUCGGCGCUGUGUGCCUCCCCUCCAUCAAGAGUUUGAUGGUCAGCCCUGAAGUAUACGAAAACGUAAAGAGUCUGCCUGUUCCCUUGAUGAGAGGUGGUGGUGGAGGUAUGCCGUGUCCCGGGAAGCAACCUGUCCAGGACGAUGUCCGCACAGAGGAGCUGGACAAGAACUAUUCUGAGUUAUCGAAAAAAUUGCAGAUUCGUUUACAGUUUGCCUACUACAAGUACAAGACUAAGCAAACAAACAAGAAGUUUACUGAUUUAAAGUUGAACCACAGCAUGACAAGGCCCUAUAAGGGGGCCACUCACACGAGGUCGGAACCCUUGACCAAGAGGAGGAAAUUGGUGCUGUCUCAGGGCCAUUACAAGACUCCUGCCAAGUCUAAGAUCAAAACCCCAUCCUCUAUCUACAACUCUUACGGCAAUGCAUCUUCUUUUACAUGCUCCCAUGGUGGGAGCGAACCCUUGAGUUCUACCGCGCACACGGACAUCACAGAUACCACAACGCCUAUACGCAACAUCAUAAACGCAAAGCAUUUCAAUAGUCAUAAUUGCGCCUUGUACCAGGGGCAAGAAACCCCGAUGAGCAUCAAAGCUGCCAAAUCUUUAAUUCAUCUUUUUACGAGCAACCAAUAG